GAUUCUACUGAGAAGUUGUACAGAACUGGGCAAGUUGCUUACAGAGAUAGAAAUUUCAAGUUUCAGUAAAAUGAUUAAAAUGGAAUGUAGUGUAAAUAUGUAUUGUGGAAAAAUAAUAAAGCAUAAAGUUUGUGUUGUUUCAGUUGUCGUUUUCCCACAAGACGUUAAAAGGAACUUGAAGCCUAACAUUGGUGUCUUUUUAUUCAAAAUGAAAACAAUUUAUACAAAGCAGGAGAAAAUUAACAUUUAUGGAGAAAGUUUAAAAAAAAAUUCCAAUUUUGACUCUGGGAUUCAACGUUUUAUGUCUAUGAGGACAACAAUGUAUGACCACUUUCGACCAACUACUAAAGCUACUGGAUACGGCUUUGCUCUUCUUCUUGCUCCUCUUGUGUUGUACACAUGGUUGUUGAAAUCUUCAAGGGAUUCUACUGAGAAGUUGUACCGCACUGGGCAAGUUGCAUACAGAGAUAGAAAUUUCAAGUUUCAGUAAAAUGAUUAAAAUGGGAUGUAGUGUAAAUAUGUAUUGUGGAAGUUAAUAAAAUUAUUCAUUAUUUGUGUUUUAUUCUUUGAUUGUGUGUAUUAUUGAUAAAGAAGACAAGAGUAAAUCAAAUUGAUACGCUAACAAUUACACCGCCGACGUUGUUAUACCUGGUGGGAAUCAUUAUUACAAUUUAAAGACAACGUAAGAAAAUUAUAUACAUUUAAAAUUGUGAAAUAAAACAAUUUCACAUAGUGACAAA